AUGGAAGCCACUUUUGAUUUCAAAACUCAAAUGGAAAUGAAAGUUAAUAAACUUCAUGGGUAUCCAAAGAAGAAUAGUGGUAAUACUGCUUAUACUAGAAAACCUAGCAUGCAAACUUAUUACUAUCCCAGGUCUACUCCUCAAGAUGUCUUAAUAGAGGAAAGGGAUUGGAAUCAAACUAACACUUCUUAUAGUGGAAGAUUUACCGGUCAACUAAGAGGAUGGUGGGAUAAUUAUAUGCCCUCUGAUGCCAGAACAACAGUAAUUAAUGCUAAGGCAGCAAAUGAAGGUCAUGACAAUUUAGGCUUUGCCCUUGUUCAAAAUAGAGAAUACGCUGUGUAUACACUUAUUUUGAUUAUUCUUGAACAUUUUAGUGGUAGAUUUACCAAUCAAUAUGAAACCAUUAGAUCUCUUCUAAAUGGUCUUAGAUGUAGACAUUUAGGUGAGUUUAGAUGGUAUAAAGACACUUAUUUAAGUCGGAUAAUUGAACUUCCCGAAAAUGAUUUAGAAUUCUGGAAAGCCAAAUUUAUUGAUGGCUUACCUUCUUUAUUUGCAGAAAGAGUAAAAAAGACUCUUAGAAAUUCACAAGGAAUUAUUCCCUAUAGUGAUUUCACUUAUGGAAAACAGCUUAAGAUGGAUAAGCUUAAAGAAAGGUCUCAAUUAGGAGAUUUUUGUACUCAAUUCGGUUUACCGGAUGCUUCAAAAAGCACCCACCGAGAAACUUCUAAAUCAGAAUAUCAUAGAUCUCAUCAUAAGAAAAGAAGAUCUAGAAGAAGGACUAGAGAAGAAAGAGAUGAGCGUAGGACUCAUCGUAAAUCUUAUAGAUUUACCAAGAAUAGGUCCAAGCGAAAUCUUGAUAAGAUUAAGUGUUAUAAAUGUGGAAAAUUUGGGCAUAUAGCUCCAAAUUGUAAGCUAGAAAAGCUUAAGACUCUAGAACUUGAUGAUGAUAUUCAAGAGAAGAUUUAUAGUUUUCUAUAUACUUCAGAAAUUGAACAUUUGAAGGAAGAAAUUAAAUUUCUUAAACAAAAUCAUAUUAUUUAUGAUCACCGUCUUACUCAGAUUGAGUCUGCUAAUAGCAAAGGAAAAAAUAAGGUUGAUGAUGAAUCUACUGCUGAAGAAAAUAUUCUUGCCAACACUUUGAAUAUUGAUCCGAAACAAAAUAAUUUCUCUGAGGAAAAUAUCCCUACCAAAUCUCGUCCUUGUCAGAUGAAUACCGAAUUGGUUGAAUUCUGCAAAAAGGAAAUUGAUAAUUUAUUACAAAAGGGAUUGAUAAAGCCUUCCAAAUCACCAUGGUCGUGUACUGCUUUUUAUGUUAAUAACGCAGCAGAAAAAGAACGAGGUGUUCCCAGGUUAAAUUUUACUUCUUUUGAAGAACUUGUUAGUUUUACCAAGCUCAUUCCUCCCCUUUGUAUUAUUGGAGAGCUGGAUGAUGAUCCGUAUGACGAUCCUGAUGUUUUUGAGGAGGAUGAUCUUCCCCUUCUGCGAGUAUAA